AUGGAUGUUGAUCCCAACAAAGAUGAUAGUGACCAUGGUGGUUUUCGUCCGGGCGCUGGUCGUAAGCGAAAGAAAAUACCAUCAUCAACUCAAGCCAUGGUAGAUGAAGAAGAGCAUAAGUUGUGGUCAGUCAAUAUUAGACGUAACUGCAAUAAACAUGAAGAGGUAUAUGUUGAAUUAGAUGGAUCAUUAGGCCAACAAUUAACAGACUUAUUUACAUCUUUACCUCACUUCGUCACAACUACUAUUAUGAACAGGCAUGCUGAAGGUAAAGCCACAAAAGUGAAACAUAUUCAACAAGCAAUUGCUGAUGCAUAUGGUAAAUAUAUAAACUAUUGAUCAAUAUAUUAUCUCAUACGUGGUAAAAUGAAACUAUCAUAUGGUUUAUUGUAAGAUUCUAUUAAGUUAACACAAGAUGCUAAAUCUCUCGAACAUAUUACUCAAUUUCUUGUUAAAGAUGCAUUAGCAUUCACUGGCGAAUAUCCAAGUAUGGUUUUAAAAUAAUAAACAGUCAUUACAGUGAAAGUUAUUAAACAAAUAACCCAUCACCUUGAAUUUGACGCCAAAGUACUGUAGUUAGGAACUGUAUGAUUGAAUUCCAAAGCCAUUAAGACUUUUACUCUUGCACAAAAUUCUUAGACAAAAAAAACUUGUGAAAUCUUAUACGAAUCUUACUCAAUUCUCAUAUAAGAUCUUCCACGAAAGUAAUAAGAAUUCUGCUGAGUCUUAUAAGAAUCUCACAAGAAUUCAUAAGAAAUUGGUAAGAAUCAGCAAAACUCGUAC